UAGAAUUGUAGAAUCGUCAUUUGUCGGUUUGCAGAGAGUGAGGGCUUUGUCGAUGUUAAUUUCCCAGUUUGUUCUGAAUAGCAUCCAACGGUCGGCUAGUCGGCUCUCUCUCCCUGUAUCCCUGAUGGCUUGCACGUGGGCUAUCCCUCAUCUCACCCGUGUUGGAGCUUUGGCUCUCUCAGGCUCAUGUAGUCUGCUGUACAGAGUAGUUGAUGUAUGCUUCGGAAACGUGCAACACGACUCGGAGCAUGCUCAACGGCGCACUUACUCUCAGAGGAGUGCCUCAUCCAACCAGAGUCUUCAUCUCGCGUCUCUCAAGAUGCAGACAAAGUUGGACGAUUUCGAUGUAUGCGUUGUCACUGAGAAGAUGGUGUCAGACAGAUGGUUCUAAUUGAUCUUUGCCCAGGCAGGUGAGAUCUCUCUCUUAUAUCUGCCACACCGGUUGAAAAUGAAGCGUUGAAAAUGCUCGCCUUGUUUUUUCUAGCCUGUUCUCUUGUCAUUUCUGGGGUACAGUAGUUUCUUAACUGCCGGUUAACAAAUGAACCAACCAUGAUACUUAACCCAACUCUCGGGUUGCCUGGUGUCUUCCCCACAU